AUUUCGGCCCCUUAACCUUUGAGUACCGAUCGUUAUCUCUCUUCUUUCCUAGCAUCUUCUAUUCUCCCUCUUAGGGUUGGAGGUUGGUCGUUCAAUACCAGGUCCAAUCGGGAGCCAUGUCGACAUCGAAGAUGAUCGUGUUGAAGAGCUCGGACGGCGAGACCUUCGAGGUGGAUGAGUCGGUCGCGGUGGAGUCACAAACCAUCAAGCACAUGAUCGAAGAUAACUGUGCCGACACUGUCAUUCCUUUACCGAACGUUACGAGUAAGAUCCUUGCAAAGGUUAUCGAGUACUGCAAGAGGCACGUUGAUGCGCCCAAGUCUGAAGACAAGGCCGCGGAGGAAGAACUCAAGAGUUUUGAUGCCGAGUUCGUCAAAGUGGACCAGGCCACGCUGUUCGAUCUUAUCCUGGCAGCCAAUUAUCUUAACAUUAAGAGCCUGCUGGAUUCAACAUGUCAGACGGUGGCUGAGAUGAUCAAGGGGAAGACUCCGGAGGAGAUUCGAAAGACCUUCAACAUCAAGAAUGACUUCACUCCUGAUGAAGAAGAAGAGGUCCGCAGGGAGAAUGCGUGGGCAUUUGAGUAGGAACUUAAAUUGGAUGUGCAAUGUGUGUCCAUAUUAUAAUAGGAGUUAUAUUUCAGAACAGUUACGUUGCUGUUUUACUUUCUGCUGGUAAAUGUAUGGCGUCUGAAUGCUCUGGAAGAACUUAUGCUUUUUCCUUGUGGGAUUUUAACAAAUUUGAACUUUGUCUGU